UUCCAGCCCGACGCGGUGCUGGGCGAGGCGGCGGGGCAGGCGGCCGUGUACGGGGCCUGCGUGCGGCCGCUGCUGCGCGCCUUCCUGCGCGGCUUCAACGCCACCGUCCUCGCCUACGGCCAGACCGGCUCGGGCAAGACCUACACCAUCGGCCAGGCCAGCGCCUCUUCUGUCAAUGAGGAUGAGCAGGGCAUCAUCCCUCGUGCCAUGGCUGAGGCCUUCAAACUCAUUGACGAGAAUGACCUGAUUGACUACACGGUCAGAGUGUCCUACCUGGAGGUGUAUAAAGAAGACUUCCGGGAUCUGCUGCAAGUGGAUACGGCCAGCAAGGACAUUCAAAUCCGUGAGGAUGACAAAGGGAACAUUGUGCUGUCUGGAGUGAAAGAGACAGAAGUGGAGGGGCUGGAUGAGGUCCUGAGCCUGCUGGAAAUGGGGAACACGGCCAAGCACACGGGAGCCACCCACAUCAACAUGCAGUCAAGCCGUUCGCACACCAUCUUCACAGUGACCAUGGAACAGCGGCGGGGUGCCGGCCGCCUCGCCCUCCAUAACUGCUCCGUGGGCCUGGCCUCAGGCCAAGUUCUGGUCUCCAAAUUCCACUUUGUAGACCUAGCGGGUUCAGAGCGGGUUGUGAAGACUGGAAACACGGGAGAGAGGCUGAAGGAGAGCAUCCAGAUCAACAGUGGGUUGCUGGCCCUGGGGAAUGUGAUUAGUGCCUUGGGAGACCCCCGCCGGAAGUGUAGCCACAUCCCCUACCGGGAUUCCAAAAUUACCAGGAUCCUGAAAGACUCCCUUGGAGGCAAUGCCCACACUGUCAUGAUUGCCUGCAUCAGUCCUUCCUCCUCUGACUUUGAUGAGACCCUCAAUACACUGAAUUAUGCCAGCCGUGCCCAGAACAUCCAGAACAAGGCCGUGGUGAACUGCCGCAAGGAGACUGAGCAUGUGGAGGAGCUGCAGCUGCAGAUCAAGAGCCUGCAGAAGGCACUGGAACAGCGGCACCGCUCUGAGACCCGCAUCAUAAACCGCUCGGAUACAGCCAAGCAGGGCUCCCAGGACCACAUGGCCCGUGUGCUGGCCGAGUGCGCUCACUACCGGACCUGCACUGAUGCUGCCUACCGGCUCCUGAUGGAGCUGCAGGAAGAGGGCAACCUCACAGUGGAGCAGGUCCUACGGGUGAAGGAGUGGCUGUGUGCGGUGGAGAGCGAGAGGAGCGAGUUGACCUCGGCUGGCCUGGAUAGCGGCAUUGAGAGCACUUCAGCAGAGGACCGAAGCCCCAAGGCACAGGGCUCAAAGCCAGCAAAGGUCCAGGUGAGCCUAGAGAAUGGGUGUGAAUUGGGCAAGGAGGAGCAUGUGGUCAGGUUGCAGAGGCAAGUGGAGAGGCUGGAGGAGGAGAACCGGGACUUCCUGGCUGCCCUGGAGGAUGCCAUGGAGCAGUACAAGCUGCAGAGUGACAAGUUGCAGGAGCAGCAGGACAAGAUCUUCGAGCUCCGCCUGCGCCUGGAGAUGGUGGCACCCACCUGCAUGCCAGAGCUCCUGCAGGAUGUUCACCUGGUGGGAAUCAUGCAGAGACCCCACACAGCCCCCCCACUGGAUGCUGGGCAGUACCACAGCCUCAGUAUGGUGCCAUCCAGGCCCUCCUUUGCCAACCAGAGUGGAAGGGUUCAUUGCAGAAAGCUUAGCAGCAGCCUGUCUGAUGAUGGCAAGGGCCUGGUGGUGUCUUCUCAAAACUGUGCUCAGGGUUUGGCCUAUGGCCUGGAGGCCAAAGAUGUGGUGCUGAUACAGCCGCUCAGCAAGGAUUUGGAGAGGCCAGCAGAGCCGUCCUCAGGAGAGGAGGAAGAGGGGGAGCCCAAACCAUCUCUGCACCAGCGUAGAAAUGGGAUCCACAGCUGGAGCAAAAAGGAGGUUUGCAGCAAGGGGAUUGAGGAGCAGAGCAGAGGCAAACUCCCACCUGGCCAGGAGGAGCCCCUCGAGCUGCCCAAGGGGGCCUGCGGGAGGAGGGAGCCAUCUGGUCCAUGGGGUGGCCUGUCAACAAAGGACUCGGAAUGGCGACUGGUGCGAGCACAGCAGAAAAUCCGGGACCUGGCAAUAAACAUCCGCAUGAAGGAGGAGUUGAUUACAGAGCUCAUCAAGACAGGCAAGGAUGCCCAGGCCAUGAACAAGCAAUAUUGCCAGAAAAUCAGUGAGCUGGAGCAGGAGGCAGAGCAGGUGCGAGCUGAGCUGAGCCACAGCCAGAAGCAGCUGCAGGAGCUGGAGGGCAAGGAGCUGCAGGAUGCUGGGGAAAAGCGCCAGCUGCAGGAGUACCGCACAAGGGUGGCAGCUGCACAGAGCAAGGCACAGGUCCUGCGUGAAAAGCAGCAGGUGACAGAGAGGCUAGUGUCGCUGUCGGCUCAGAAUGAGAAGCGGGUGCAGGAGCUGGAGAGGAACAUCCAGCUGAUGCGGCGGCAGCAGGGGCAGCUCCAACGGCGGCUGCGGGAAGAGACAGACCAGAAGCGGCGCCUGGAGACUGAGGUGCACAAGCGGCAGCACCGGGUCAAGGAGCUGGAGCUGAAGCACGAGCAGCAUCAGAAGAUCCUGCGUAUCAAGACUGAGGAGAUUGCCGCUUUCCAGAGGAAGCGCCGCAGUGGCAGCAACGGCUCUGUCAUCAGCCUGGAGCAGCAGCAGAAAAUUGAAGAACAGAAGAAGUGGUUGGACAUGGAGAUGGACAAAGUCCUGGAGCAGCGUCAUGCCUUGGAUGAGCUGGAGGAUGAGCUGAGGAAACGGGAAGCCAUCGUAGCCAAAAAGGAAGCAUUGCUGCAGGAGAAGAAUGGCCUGGAGAGCAAGAGACUCCGCUCUAGCCAGGCCCUGACUGAUGACAUUGAGCGCAUGUCCAGCCGCCUGGAGUACCUGGAGAAGGAGCUGAUGGAAAAGAAUGGGCAGCUCCGCCGUGGCAGUGCCCACGACCAGCAGCAGAUCCGUCAAGAGAUCAACAACCUGCGUCAGGAGAAGGACCAACUGCUUAAGCAGAGGCUGGAGAUCGACAACAAGCUGCGCCAGGGCACCCUGCUGUCCCCAGAGGAGGAACGGAUCUUGUUCCAGCUGGAUGAGGCCAUUGAGGCACUGGAUGCGGCCAUUGAGUACAAGAACGAGUCGAUCACGUGCCGGCAGCGGGUGUUGCGGGCCUCGGCCAGCCUGCUGUCCCAGUGUGAGAUGAAUCUCAUGGCCAAGCUCAGUUACCUGUCCUCUUCCGAGACGCGGGCACUGCUCUGCAAGUACUUUGAUAAGGUGGUGACACUGCGAGAGGACCAGCACAGGCAGCAUAUUGCCUUCUCGGAGCUGGAGAUGCAGCUGGAGGAGCAGCAGCAGCUGGUGUCGUGGCUGGAGGUGGCGGUGGAGCGCCAGCGCCUGGAGAUGGAUCGCCAGCUCACCCUGCAGCAGAAGGAGCAUGAGCAGAACAUCCAGCUCCUGCUCCAGCAGAGCCGCGAGCACCUGGAUGAGGGGCUGGCCAGCAGUAAGCUCCAGUAUGAGGCAAGGAUCCAAACGCUGGAGAAGGAACUGAACUGUUACAUGUGGGCAAACCAGGAGCUGAACCAGAGGCUGAGUGGUCUGAGCCACCUGGGUGGGCAAGCCCAAGGACUGGAAAGGAGCUUGCCCGGGGCUGGGGACAGAGCUCCCACCCUGCUUCUGACCUGUGAAGAACCUGGCCCAGCUCUUGUGGAUUCACAGCCUGCCUGCACUGGAGAAAGCUCCAGGUGCCAGGAGGAAAGCAGAGACUUGGUGCACGCCCCUCUGCCCGCUACGUGGCGGCGCUCCUCCCUGCCCAACGACUGCCCACCAGAGCUCCGGCAGAGGGAGGCCGAGCAUGUGCUCAAGUCAGGGCAGCCCCAUGAGGUGCUUCUGCCCUGGAACCCAGCACUGUUACCCAAGUGCCGGCGGGAGCUGCGCAGAGCCAGUCCCAGUGUGGCACCUGUGCCGUGCCACCCUGCCAUGAUCGACGUGAGGAGAAAUCCACUGUAGGCCAAGGCUCCACACUAACCUUGCGCCAGGCUGGAAGAGCAGCUGCCACUGUGCAAACAGGGUACCCUGCCACUCGCCUUAGCCAGGCCUAACACACCAGAAAGGGAACACCACAUCACAGGGGUGACAUGUCACUUAAUUCCACUGUGAGUUUCCCAUACAGGCAGUCUUCCCUGCUCCUGCUUCCUACUAGGGAGGGGCAGACAGAGCUCCCUUCCUGUCCUCAAACACUGCGGGCUUGGCUGUGUCCACAGGAAGGGCCUGUGGGCUAGCGCUGAUGCCCAUGUACAUAGAUUUGUAGUAGCUUUUAUACAUUUCUACUGUCACUUUCUAAUAAAGUAGAGUGCAUUUUAUUAAA